AUGGCCACUGUUCAGAUGGCCAAAGACUGGAAUGCUACUUACCCACAAGUGGGGGACACCGGUGCCGAUGCUCCGGCCGGUUAUAUAACCUUGUGGGCGGAUUUUUUCACCCACGGCAACCUUAGGUUGCCGGUGACGGUGUUUGUGGCGGAGGUAUUGGAGUAUUAUCACCUCCAUAUCUCCCAGCUUAGUCCUUUCGGAAUGCAUGGGAGUCUGAAGUUGAUGACACCCCCUAAGGGUGUGACAGGCUGGAAGAAGAGGUUCUUCUACGUGAAAGCCUGUGCGGUCUAUGCUAACAUGUCUUUUAGGAAUGUCGAUGUUGGAGUUUCCGAUGAAGAUAUUCCUGUUGCUUCCGCGAAGACCGCGGACUGGUUCUCUAGGCUGCGGCCUAUUGAACUCAAGAAGUUGGAUAAUGACCAACUGUGGAUAUUGCGGAUGAUGCUCUCUAGACCGGAUAGGAAGGAAAGGCCCGUGUUGCGGGAACAGGGUGGUGCGGAUGCGGUUGGCUUGUGGAGGAUGUUUGAGCCUGAUUUCAAGGGCCAGGUUGAACUGAUCGCGGUUGAGCUGAAGAAAGGUUUCAACCUUGAAAUUCUGAAUAACUUCCGCGUACCAUCAAAAGCGGUGCUGGAAGUCCCGGUUCCGGGAGACGCAAGAGGUGUCCUUGCGGAUUUGGGGAAGUUUGAGAAACGCGUCCCCAAAAAGACCGUGGAGAAGAAAACGGUAAAAAAGACCGUGCGGGGUCGUGGCAAGGGGAGUGUUGAAGGCUCAGCUGCCCCUUCUUCCGUUUUCAAAGCCGCAGAAUCCCGAGAUGCGGGGUAUUCUUUUUUCGACAUUCCUGCGUCUCCUCCGCACACCGCUGCCGCGGGUGCGGGUGUAACGAAAGAGACGGUCGCGCCCAAGGAGCCUGUGGCCCCUUUUGUUGGGCCAGUUCGUGAUCCCCCUUUGGAGAAGACGGUGGAGACGACUGUUGACCGGAUUUUUGAUACUGUGGACUCCUCUGACAAUCUAAUCUCUCCUGAUGAGGGUGAUGGAUUGAACUUAAGGUUUUCAGAUGCCGGUAAGCAGAAGUCUGAUGCUGAGGGGGAUGAUAUCUCAAAUGACCCUGCGGCCUGCAAGGAGAUUCUGGGUGGUCUGGGCACCCCUUUUGAAGUUGAGCGUGCCCGUGCCGCACCCCGAGAGCUGCGUGUAAACCAGCUCUCGUCAAUGCUGGCCCGGGAGGUCGCAGUUACGGACCUUACUACCCGCGUGUCCGCUGCGGAGAAGCGGGCUGACGCUGUUGCUGAGGCCAAGAAUGCCUUGGUGUCCUCUUUUAACCAACUGGAAGCUGACCGUGAGUGGUUGCGGACUCACGGCAUCGCGCGUAUUGUCGAGGCUAUAAUGAAUGCCCCUGAGACCUCAUCUGGAUUGGACCUGGUCAAGGAACGUGCGCGCGAGGCUGGCUUCAAGGCUGGUUUUAACCGCUGCAUUGGGCAUAUCAAUGUAUUAUCCGCAGGCGGUUAUACUGAUCAGGCAUCCGGGUUCCGUGAUGUGGAUACCGAGGGUCGUCUGAAAGCGGCCGUAGCCUCCUUUUAUGACACGCCCCUUGCCUGUGUAGGGGAGCUGGACGAGUGUUUGGAGGUUGCGGACUAUGUUGACCGCUUGCGGAUGCUUUACCCUGAUGUGGAAGAGGAAGAACCCGCUGGUGGUGCCGGAGGAGACGCGGGGACCAGCGGUACAAAAUAGGGUUUAGGUUGGCGAAUGUGCCUCCUUUUUUGUAUUCCUCUUGUAUAGAAUAGGAACUUUAUGUAAAUUCCGUAAGCAUCAUGUGGAUACUUGAAUUUUUUGAAUAUAAAGUUUCUUUGUUCAG